AACUACCUCAUGUAUAUUUAGCAGUAUCGAGAAUAUGCAAAAUCUCAUUCUGUUGGAAGCAGCUGGACUGGUAACACCGGCUAAAACCACACGUCGUCGGUAACUACUACACAAACCUACAAACACCGACGCUGACUCGUGCUAGUUAACACAUUUGAUUUGUAUUUGGAAACCGUGUGUGCUUCAAACAUGUCUAAUGUCGAGUGCAAAAGAAAAUCCGCUGAUGUGUGCGCUAAACCUGAGAAGGUUUGUGUUAUCAAGAAAACGAAGGGCGAAUUUGAUAUGAAAGACUUCGUGCGGCCGGAUCAAGCAUCCAAGUGCACGUGGCACAAGGGAGCUGAUUCCAAAACUUCACCCCACUCGAAAAUUAGGAUAAAGCAUACAAAUGCAGUUCUUCCUAAUAUUUUACAUACUGUUGGAAACACUCCCAUGGUCAAACUCAACAAGAUACCUCAAUCAAUGGGAAUUAAAUGUGAUAUGUAUGUAAAAUGCGAGUUCUUCAACCCAGGCGGCUCCGUGAAAGACAGAAUUGGUUACAGAAUGGUGGAAGAUGCGGAGCGUCAAGGUAUUCUUAAGCCUGGCUGCACCAUCAUUGAGCCAACGUCGGGAAAUACCGGCAUUGGCCUGGCGCUCGCCUCCGCAGUGAAAGGUUAUCGCUGUAUUAUCGUGAUGCCCGAGAAAAUGUCCAACGAAAAAGUGGAUACUCUACGUGCGCUUGGCGCUGAGAUUAUCCGCACACCGACGGCCGCAUCCUUUGAUUCUCCCGAAGGAUUGAUUGCUGUUUCGCAAAAACUGCAGAAAGAAAUUCCGAACUCCGUGGUUCUCGACCAGUACCGAAAUGCUGGCAACCCACUAGCCCACUACGACACCACCGCCGAAGAGAUUCUGGAACCGUUUAAUGGUAAAGUUGAUAUGGUCGUGAUUGGAGCUGGAACCGGUGGGACGGUAUGCGGUAUCGGCCGUCGCCUGAAAGAGGCCUGCCCCACCUGCAUGGUGGUUGCUGCUGAUCCAGAGGGUUCUGUUUUGGCACUUCCUGAAGAAUUGAAUAAAACGGACGUUACGUUCUAUGAAGUAGAAGGUAUCGGCUACGAUUUUGUGCCGACCGUUUUAGAUCGCGACGUGGUUGACGUGUGGAUAAAGGCGAAUGACAAGGAAUCGUUACCGUUGGCAAAACGGUUGAUCAGGGACGAAGGAUUGCUGUGCGGCGGGAGCAGUGGGCUGGCCCUUGCUUGCGCGCUGAAGGCAGCCGCCAAUUUAAAGGAAGGCCAAAAAUGUGUGGUAAUAUUGCCAGACGGCAUCAGGAACUAUAUGACGAAAUUCGUUUCGGAUCAGUGGAUGGAAGCUAGACAUUUUAAACCUUGCACGAAUACGAUGAACCAUUGGUGGUGGGACAUGAAAGUCUCUCAAAUGAAUCUUGCACCUCCGACGGCGUUGAAAUGCACGGUUACUUGCGCUGAAGCACUACAGGUUUUGAAGGAAAAAUGUGUCGCACAAUUGCCGGUGCUUGACACCAAUGGCAGCCUCAUGGGAAUGAUAACAGGCCGCAUUUUAACGCAAAAAUUAAUGAACAAGUUUGUUGAGAUGAGCGACUCGAUUUCUAAAGCUGUUGAGUUGAAAUACUACAAGGUAGAUCAGGACUGCAACCUGGGACUGUUGUCCCGUAUUCUGGAAAUUGAACAAUUUGUUCUGAUUACUAACGGGAAUGGAAAGAAAGAACAAGUGCGUGGCAUUGUAACAAACGUUGAUUUCCUACACUUUGUGAGCCAACAGAAUGACAAAAACGGCAAAUAAUUAAUAUUUACAAAUGAAUUUUAAAUAAUUGUUACUGAUUUAUGUUCUUUGUAUCUGAAUAUGAAAUUUACAAGAGGG